AUGAAUACUCAACUGGAACAGGCCUUCGAAUGCGUGGUCAAUGUCUACCAUCAGUAUUGCAUUCUGGACCCUGUCGAUGACUAUCUACACCUGAAUGAAUUCCAGAUGCUGAUGAAGGAACAAGCCCAGCCCUUCCUGAGGGACACCAAGCCACCCUACCUCAGCGAAAAUGAAUUUAUCAGGCAAUUAUUUCAACAAGCCGACAGAGACCAGAACAAUUACCUCAAGUUCACCGAAUUCCUGCUCGUGUUUGCCGCUCUCCUUAAUGACGCCCACGACAAAUCCCACGACGUUGGUGGGGACAGCAGCGGACACAGCCACUGA